AGGGAGGCGAAUUCAAGUGGACAGCCGAAUGCCAGAAAUCUUUUGAGAGAUUUAAGGAGAUUUUGAGUUCCGACCUACUUCUGACCCACUAUGAUCCGUCGAAGGAUAUAAUCGUGUCAGCGGAUGCUUCAUUAGUAGGUUUGGGAGCUACCAUCAGUCAUCGGUUUCCGGAUGGGCGUGUAAAGGUUAUCCAGCAUGCCGCGCGAGCGUUAACGAAGGUGGAAAUGAACUAUAGUCAGCCAGAUCGCGAGGGUCUCGCAAUUGUGUUCGCUGUGACGAAGUUCCACCGCAUGCUGUUCGGACGUAAAUUCACGCUACAAACUGAUCACCAACCUCUCCUCAGAAUCUUCGGCUCACGUAAAGGAAUUCCGUUGUACACUGCGAACAGGCUUCAGCGUUGGGCAUUAGCGCUUCUUCUUUACGAUUUCACUAUAGAAUACGUAGCGACAGACAAGUUUGGCAAUGCGGACAUCCUCUCGAGAUUGAUGAAUCGUCACGAAAAGCCAGAAGAGGAUUACGUUAUUGCUAGUAUCCAGCUUGAAGAUGAUAUGAAUCAUCUGGUGACGAGUGCAACUCAAGCCCUGCCGUUGAAUUUCAAGGAUUUGGAGCGUGGUACACAAACAGAUUCUAUGUUACGGAAGGUGUUCCAGUUCGUCCAGAAUGGUUGGCCGAUGGGUGAAGAGAAAAGUGUAGAGCUGAAACAAUUCUUCGUACGGCGGGAGGCCUUAUCCACUGUGGGAAAUUGCCUCUUAUUCGGAGAACGGGUUGUGAUUCCAGCAAACAUGCGAGAUCGAGUGCUGAAGCUCUUGCACAGAGGACACCCUGGGGUAACUCGUAUGAAGGCACUAGCAAGAGGAUACGUUUAUUGGCCAAAGAUGGACAGUGAAAUCGAGGACGUUGUUAAAACGUGUCAACCGUGUGCAAGUGCAGCGAAGUCUCCAGAGCACUGUGCACCGGUGGAUUGGCCAAAAUCGACCGCUCCCUGGCAGCGUAUUCAUAUUGAUUACGCCGGGCCCAUCGAGGGAGAGUAUUAUUUUCUGGCAGUAGACUCGUAUUCCAAAUGGCCAGAAAUAAUACCGACAAAGCAUACAACUGCACAAGUAACGGUUAAGAUAUUACGAGGACUGUGUGCACGGUUUGGUAUGCCAGAGACGAUUGUCAGCGACAAUGGUACGCAGUUUACCAGUUCGGAGUUCGGGGACUUCUGCAUACAGAACGGUAUCCAUCAUGUGCGAACUGCGCCGUAUCAUCCGCAAUCGAACGGGCAGGCUGAAAGGUUCGUGGACACCUUUAAGCGAGCUGUUAAAAAGAUCCGCGAAGGAAAUGGUGGAAUGCAUGAGGCCCUUGAUGAAUUUCUGUUGGCAUACAGAACCACGCCGAACAAGACGCUGGAGCAGAAAUCGCCGGGGGAGAUGAUGCUGAAUAGGAAAGUUCGAACCGCUCUCGAGCUUUUGCGACCAUCUUCUCGUAAUUUUGCUAGACAACCAGCGGUGAAUGACACUAUCGUCGGAAGGAAUUUCUGCGUAAACGACAAGGUCUACGUGAAAAGAUACCAUCGGAAUGGCUGGGAGUGGGUAUCCGGAGUAGUGACUGAUCGUCUGGGAAGCGUGAUGUACAUGAUUGACAUCUGCGGUAGGUCUCUACGAUACCACGUAAACCAGCUUAGAAUACGACAUGCAGCGGACGACCGUCAGCAAACACAGCUUCCACUGCAUGUAUUGUUGGAUGCCUGGGACAUGCCUGGAAGUAUCGAGCCGGCAUCCUCAUCUUUAGUUCCGUCGACGACUACGGAACAUGUUGAGCCUGAUAACGACAACUCUCAGCAGACCUGCUCGGAUGCAGCUCCACGUCGAUCAGCACGAUUAAAGAAGCAGCCUGUUUGGAUGAGCGAUUAUCGCAAUUAAAGCAGGGGGAUGUUGGAGACGUGAGCGUAGGGUUAUAAACGGGUUGAAGCUUGACAGCUUCUGGGGACGCCAAGAAAACCGCGCACUCUUCGUUGCAGGCUCGGGCACAAAAGACGUGUACAAUUAGAAAAGGAAUAAAAUAUAUAUUGUAUCACAAGAUACAACAGUGGCGACGAGUUAUAUAAAAUGACUACACCGGUAGAACCGAACGCGGCAUGGAUCGUCGAGAUGUUCAAGCAGCAGCAGCAAAUGUUAAAUCAGCAACAGCAGCUGUUGAACAGCGUGAUGUCGGUGAUGAAGGCAAAGGACAGCGAAUGUCCUGAAAAAGCGAUAGACGCCAUCGCCGGACAGAUCAAGGAA